GAGAGAGAGAGAGAGAGAGAGAGGUGUAAAGUAGUCGGAGCAUCAGCACUCUCUCAGCAGCAGGACCAGCGCUCGGUCGUCACGCGCGCUCGGCCCGGAUUGAUAAGGAGGCAGCAGCAGGUGUUGAAGAUGUCGUGGUGUGAAGGUUCUGGAGGCAGGAUGAGUCUAGUCAAGUUGCUUCUCGUCUUGUUGCUGCUACAUAGUGUUUGUGAAGCCUCUAAUCAGCCUCCUCGUUUCCAGAAUUAUUUCUUCCAGUCGUACCUGCUCAUCUAUGAGAACACACCAGUAGGUACAUCCAUUACCCAGCUGCAGGCGGUGGAUCCAGACGGCGAGCCGCUGAUUUUCGGUGUGUUGGGUGAAGAGGCCAUGCGGUACUUCGCUGUACAGGAGACGACAGGGGUCGUGUGGCUGAGACAGCCUCUUGACAGAGAGACCAAAUCAGAGAUGCAGGUGGAAUUCUUUGUCAGUGACAGUCAGGGGGUGGUCAAGGAUACAGUCAACAUACAGAUUGGAGAUGUUAAUGACAACGCUCCAACAUUUCACAACCAGCCCUAUGCCAUUCAGAUACAAGAGAACACUCCGGUGGGAACGUCGGUGCUUACUGUGAACGCCACAGACCCGGAUCAAGGUACGGGUGGCAGCGUGCUUUUCUCCUUUCAGCCGCCCUCUGCGUUCUUCUCCAUCGACGGGGCCAGAGGGAUCGUCACCGUGACAAGAGCGUUGGACUAUGAGACCACAACCGCCUAUCAGCUCACGGUUAAUGCCACGGACCAGGAUAAACGUCGUCCUCUCUCUAGUCUGGCUAAUUUGGCGAUUACCAUCACUGAUGUUCAGGACAUGGACCCCAUCUUCACCAACCUCCCCUACAGCACUAAUAUAAUGGAGAACGCACCACCAGGUUAUGAAGUCCGUAAGCUCAGGGCGAUCGAUCAGGACUUGGGUCGACCGCGUGGAAUUGGAUACACAAUCGUAUCAGGGAACACCAACAGCAUGUUUGCAUUGGAUUACAUCAGUGGAUCUCUCACUGUUAGCGGACAGCUGGACCGGGAAAACCCGCUUUACUCAUCUGGAUUCACUAUUACAGUAAAGGCUACAGAACUGAAUGAUGACCGCACGCCCUCAUCUGCCACAGUCAUGACCACCUUCACCAUCCUGCUGAUCGAUAUAAACGAUAAUCCGCCCAGAUUUAACAGCUCGGAAUAUCGGGUCCUCAUCACAGAGCUCGCUCAGGUCGGCUUCGCUCUGCCUCUCUACAUACAGGUGGAGGACAAAGAUGAGGGAGUGAACAGCAUGUUUCAGGUGGUCCUGACGGGAAAUAACUCGGAGCACUUCACCAUCUCUCCCACCUCGGUUCAGGGCAGAGCCGACAUUCGUGUGCGUGUGGCUGUCCCGCUGGACUACGAAACUAUCAGGAGCUACAGCUUUUCUCUGUAUGCCAAUGAAUCUCUUUCUGAGCAUGUGGGUUUCGCCCGAGUCUUCAUCGACCUCAUCAAUGAGAACGACAACAGGCCCAUAUUCAGCCAGGCUCUUUAUAACAUCAGUUUACUUGAGAGCACAGAUACUGGGACAUCUCUGGUUCGAAUACAGGCUACGGAUAAUGACAUUGGCACAUUUGGAGUGAUCCGGUAUUACUUCAGCGAUGAGCCAGACCAGUUCUCAAUGGAUGCCGAGACGGGCUGGGUGACUCUGAGAGGUCGGUUGGAUUACGAGCUCAUGAGACGCUUUACUUUAACGAUAUUGGCCCGUGAUGGAGGUGGGGAGGAGACCACGGGUCGUCUCCGCAUUAACGUACUGGAUGUAAAUGACAAUGCGCCGAUCUUCCAGAAGGAGGCGUACAUGGGUUCACUUAUGGAGAACGAACAGGCUCCGCAGCAGGUCAUUCGAGCACGGGCGACGGAUGAGGACUCUCCUCCUAAUAACAUCUUGACGUACUCCAUCAUCUACGCCUCUCAGUUCAGGUCCUAUUUCAGCAUCACUGUCAUCGAGGGCUAUGCAGUCAUCACUGUGAACCGUCCUCUGGAUUAUGAACAGAUACCUGGUGGUAUGAUCUACUUGACUCUGAUGGCUAAAGAUGGGGGUAACCCAUCCCUCAACAGCACUGUACCUAUCACCAUCGAGGUGUUUGACCAGAACGACAACCCUCCAGAUUUCAGCCUUUCGUCUUACAUCAUCAACAUACCUGAAAAUAUCAAUGCAGGAGCGACGGUGUUGUUCGUUAACGCCACGGAUCUGGAUGCGUCUCGGGAAUUCGGUCAGGCUUCACUCAUCUAUUCCCUUCAGGGAAGCUCACAGUUCAGACUCAACACUCGAUCAGGAGAAAUCACCACCACAGCUCUGCUCGAUCGAGAGAUGAAGUCUGAAUAUAUUCUGAUUGUAAGAGCCGUGGAUGGAGGGGUCGGGCCGCUGCAGAAGACUGGCAUCGCUACGGUGAACAUCACUAUACUUGACAUAAACGAUAACGCUCCCAUGUGGCGGGAUGAGCCGUAUCAAGCAAACGUUGUGGAGAUGAGUCCCAUCGACACGGAUGUCAUUACUGUGUUGGCACUGGACCCUGAUUAUGGUGAUAAUGGGACGGUAGUGUACUCUAUAAAUCCAGAGAACCCGUUCUACACUAUCAAUCGUAAUACCGGUAAGAUCCGCACCAGCGGGGCCGUCCUGGACAGAGAGAGUCGAGACACCAGAGCCGCACAACUUAUGAGAACCAUCAUUGUCUCUGCUACAGAUCGUGGGACUCCUCCACUGCGUUCUUCAGCGAGCGCUACGGUGUACGUCAACCUUCUGGACCUCAAUGACAACGAUCCUGCCUUUCUCAAUCUCCCAUUUGUAGCCGAAGUACCUGAGGGGCUUCCUAUUGGAUCUUCUGUUUUUAGGGUGCAGGUACAGGACCCUGAUGAGGGUGAUAAUGGAGCGGUUACCAUGGCGCUACAGGUGGCAACGCCACGACUGGACUUUAGGCUCAACAUCACCACAGGUAUACUGGUUUCCACGGCUGUGCUGGACCGCGAGCAGAUUGGCCAGUAUUAUCUGAGGAUCAUCGCGUAUGAUGCGGGCCAGUUUCCACGAACUUCCACAAGCACUCUCACUAUCACAGUUUUGGACGUGAAUGAUGAAACUCCAACUUUUUUUCCAAGCGUUUACAACAUAUCUCUAGAGGAGAGCGUGCCACGUGAUUACGUGGUGGUCAGACUGAACUGCACUGAUAAUGAUGCGGGUCUGAAUGCAGAGCUCAGCUAUUUCAUCACAGAAGGGAAUCAAGACGGUAAGUUCAGCGUGGGAUUUCGGACCGGCGUGGUCCGGACCGUGGUGGGUUUGGAUCGGGAGACGCAGGCCUCGUACAGGCUCGUGAUUGAAGCGAUUGAUAAUGGUCCAGCGGGGAGCAGGAGGACAGGGACAGCUACAGUGUAUAUGGAGGUGCUGGAUGUCAACGACAACAGGCCCAUAUUUCUUCAAAAUAGCUAUGAAGCCAGCGUCCUGGAGAGCAUCACAAACGGAACCAGGAUAUUACAGGUACAAGCCACAGACGCUGAUGCAGGGGAGAAUGGUAGAGUUCUCUACAGGAUCCUUUCGGGAAACGGUGGUCAGUUUAACAUGGACCGUCUGUCUGGAGUCAUCAGCAGGGGUGACAAAGCUUUGGACCGAGAGACUCAAAGCUCACACGUGCUGGAAGUGGAGGCCUUCAACAGUGACCAGGGCAGCAUGCGCAGCUCUGUCAGGGUGAUUGUGUAUGUGGAGGAUGUGAACGAUGAGUUCCCAGUCUUUACUCAAUCCCAGUACAAUCGUCUCGGGCUCAGAGAGACGGCUGGGAUCGGAACCUCUGUUGUGGUGGUCAGAGCUACAGACCCAGACACAGGGAACGGUGGCGCCGUUGCAUACGCUCUGGUCUCAGGUUCUGACCGUAAAUUUGAGGUGGAUAUGAGUACGGGUCUGGUAACUACAGUGGAUUACCUUGACUAUGAGACCAAGAUCAGCUACCUUAUAAACGUGUCGGCCACGGAUCAGUCACCCCCGUUUCACCGCAGUUACUGCACCGUCUACGUCACUUUACUCAACGAGCUGGACGAGGCAGUGGCGUUUCUGUCAGCCGGUUAUGAAGUGUCACUGAAAGAGAACAUCGCACUAGGGACAGAGGUGGUCCAGGUGCAGGCGCAGUCAGCCGAUAACCUGAACCAGCUGACGUAUCGCUUUGACCCCGAUACCUCACCUGCUGCCCUGGCCCUCUUUAAGAUCGACAGUGUCACGGGUCGUAUUACUGUUACAGGGCUGUUGGACAGAGAGAAGAGCGAUUUAUACACUCUUACUGUUGUGGCUGAUGAUGGUGGACCAAAGAGAGGUUCUACUGUGAAGGUGUCAAUCACCAUUCUCGACGAGAACGACAACAGUCCAGAGUUUGACAUCACUUCUGAUUUGUCUGUCAAUGUUCCAGAGGACACGCCCAUUGGUCAGAGAGUGGCAGUGGUGCUGGCCCGGGACAAAGAUGCUGGAAAAAAUGGACUCGUAAACUUCACUUUAAUUGCGGGGAACAUGCAAGAUGUGUUUAAAAUCAACACUGCCAACAACACGUAUGGAGAGGUUUAUGUUAACGCACGUUUGGACCGUGAAGCUGUGGACCGUUACCUUCUUAAAGUGCGGGCGAUGGAUAAUGGUUCCCCCGCGAGGUUCACCGAUCUUUCACUCACAGUGAACAUUAUGGAUGUGAAUGACAACCCUCCCGUCCUGCAAAGCCCUCGCGGGUACAACGUCAGCGUCAAUGAGAAUGUGGGGGGCGGUACCGCAGUGUUGCGUGUCAUAGCGACAGACCGUGACAUUGGACCCAAUGCCAUGCUGUCGUACUACAUCACUGGCGGGAACCAGGACCUGACCUUCAGAAUGGACCGUAUGACAGGAGAGAUAGUGACUCGUCCUUCACCUCCUGACAGAGAGAAACAACAGCAGUACACGCUAAGUGUGACGGUGGAGGAUGACGGAACGCCGUCUUUAUCAACAUCCACUACUGUGUGGGUUCUUAUCAUCGAUGAGAACGACAACGCUCCAGAGUUUCCAGAGGAAGAGUACGUAACAGAGCUCAGAGAGGGGCCGAACACCGUAGGGGCCACCAUCGCCACGGUUACAGCCAUCGACCCCGAUGAAGGACUCAAUGGGACCAUCCGUUAUGCCAUUUCCAAGGGCAACCUGGCACAGACCUUUCAGAUCAGUGAAAUCACGGGUCAGAUUGUGGUCAUAAAGGAGCUGGAUUAUGAAAUCAGUAAUGGUCAUUAUGUGCUGACUGUCACGGCCACAGAUCAGUGUCCAGUGCCUCAAUUCAGACUGACAUCCAGCACAACAGUCCUGGUCAAUGUGGUGGACGUGAACGAUAACGCGCCCAUCUUCCCACGUCAGUUUGAGGGACCGGUUGAAAUCACAGAGGGUCAGCCGGGCCCGCGGGUCUGGACGGUAAAAGCUACGGAUGCUGACUCGGGAUCCAAUGGGAAAGUGGAGUACAGCAUCACGGGAGGAGACCUAAAAAAUGAGUUUGUUAUUUCAUCCGUUGAAGGAGAGUUGAGGGUGAGGAGAGACGUUGAACUUGACAGAGAAACGAUCUCCUACUACAACAUCACCAUUACUGCUAAAGAUCUGGGAACGCCAGCACAGAGCGCCACGGUGGUGGUGGGCAUACAGGUGUUGGACAUCAAUGAUAAUGACCCAGUCAUACUCAACUUACCAUUUAACACCAGCGUGAGCGAGGGAGCUCCGGUCCAAACCUCCGUUAUGCAGGUGCGGGCGUACGAUUCUGACAGCGGCCGGAACGCUCUGCUUACAUACAACAUCACUGCUGGAAACACGGAUGGAGCAUUUUACAUUAAUGAGACGUCAGGUGUGGUUCAGGUGAACAGGCCACUGGACAGAGAGAGAGUGGCCGAAUACAGGCUGACCAUCACAGUCAAAGACAACCCGGAAAACCCCCGCAUCGCCCGCAGGGACGCAGAACUCUUGGUGGUGACCAUCCUGGAUGUAAAUGACAACAGACCCAUCUUCAGUCAAACCAGCUACAGGGGUGAAAUCAGUGAGAACUCACCUGCAGGCACGACUGUGGUGAUUCUGAACGGCCCUAUUCUGGCAGAAGACAAAGAUAUCGGGGAGAAUGCAGUGGUUAGAUAUCGUCUCAUAGGAUCCAGAGUUGAUCUCUUUUCUGCAGAUCCUCUCACAGGCGUGGUGUCCGUGCGGGGGGGUGCUGUUUUGGACAGGGAGGCUUUUACUGAGCCGCGGGUGGAGCUCUUUUUGCUCGGGGAGGAUGUGGGGGGAUUAAACAGCAGCGUUCCUCUCACCAUCACUAUCCUUGACAAGAACGACAACCCGCCUGUUUUCAGUCCAUCCAGUUUUACCGUCCGCCUGCCUGAGAACAGCCCAACAGGUGUGGUGGUGACGCAGCUCUCAGCGAGCGAUGCUGAUGCGGGGUCCAAUGCUUGGCUGCAGUAUCGGUUAGACAGCGGCGCUCAGGACCGUUUCCUCGUUGACGCUCUUUCCGGUGCCGUUCUGGUCGGCAACGCUACGCUGGACCGAGAGGAGCGCAGCUCGUACCGUCUGGUUGUCAUAGCGACCGACCGUGGCACACCCUCCCUCACAGGCACAGCGACACUAACCGUCAUUUUAGAUGAUGUCAAUGACUCUCGUCCUCAGUUCAUUCGCCCCGUACAGACGAUCAGCGUUAACGAGUCCACUCCGCCAGGAGAGGUCGUCGCCACACUGACCGCUGAGGACCCUGACCUACGACCUCGCCUGGAGUAUUACAUCAUCUCCGUGGAAGCAAAGGACGAUGCAAAUAAACCGGUGGAUGGGCUGCAGGAAUCGUUUGGAAUUGACUUUCACACAGGUGCUGUGUUUGUACGAAACCCUUUGAACAGAGAGCUGGUAGCCACUUUUGAGAUCAUAGUUUCGGUGCAUGACAACGCCAGUGAAGUGAUAGACAUGUCUGUCAGUGUCCCCAACGCCAAACUGACCAUCAAUAUACUGGACGUCAAUGACAACGCUCCUCGCUUUCGUCCCUUUGGGGUGACAAACUUCUCGGAGAGCAUUUUAGAAGGUGCUCAGCCGGGUACCACGCUGCUGUCCGUGACGGCCAUUGAUCCCGACAAAGGACCAAACGGUCAGAUCAUCUAUCAGCUGCUGCACCUGCCACGUGGAGACUACAUACGACUUGAAGAUCCAUCUACAGGCAAAAUUGUGGCCAAUCGUACGGUGGAUUAUGAACAGGUGCAGUGGUUGAACUUCACGGUUCGUGCUCAGGAUCAUGGCACGCCUCCGCGCUUCGUUGAACUUCCUGUCUAUCUGCGCAUCGUAGAUGUCAACGACAACAACCCUGUCUUUAAACAGCCUUUGUAUCAGAAGUCAUUAUUUGAAGAUGUUGCGCUCGGGACCAUAAUUGUAAGCGUGAGCGCAACAGAUGCAGACUCUGGACUGUUUUCUGUUAUUGAAUAUGGACUUGUGGACGGAGAGGGCAAGUUUGGCAUCACACCCACUACGGGGGACAUCUACAUCUUGUCUCGACUAGACAGAGAGACCAAAGACCGCUACACCCUCACGGCGUACGCCAGAGACAACCCUGGCGGCAGUCCCAACAACCGGCGAGAAAACUCUGUCCAGGUGCAAUUGACAGUGAUGGAUGUAAAUGACUUUCGUCCACGUUUCUCAGAGAGGGUUUUCAGUACGAGUGUUUUUGAGAAUGAGCCUGUUGGCACAUCAGUGAUCACACUAACAGCCACAGACCUGGACGAAGGCGAAAAUGCAUUACUUACCUACAGUCUGCAGGGCCCUGGAGCAGAUGCGUUUUCUCUCGAUCCUGACACUGGGCUGAUCCGAUCGCUGCGAUUGCUCCAGAGUUUUGAGAGAUUUAAUUUGACCGUGGUGGCAACGGAUCAUGGCCGACCGCCCCUCUGGGGCACCACCAGUCUUCAGAUCACCGUCAUUGAUGUGAAUGAUAACAGGCCUGUCUUUGUACGACCAGCCAAUGGCACGAUCAUGCACAUACUAGAGGAACAGCCUCCUGGUCUGGUGGUCUAUGAGGUGUUUGCUACAGAUGCGGAUGAAGGAGUGAACGGAGAGGUCCGGUACAGUUUUCUGCAGACUGGAGCUGGAAAUAGAGACUGGGAAAACUUUCAUAUUGAUGCUGUGACAGGAGUAAUCACCACUGCGGUUAAACUGGAUAGAGAGAAACAAGCCCUGUACAGCCUGGUCGUGGUGGCGUAUGAUCUCGGGCAGCCGGUUCCAUAUGAGACCAUGCAGCCUUUGCAAGUGGCUCUGUCUGACAUUGACGACAAUGAACCCGUCUUCCUUAAACCUCCGAGAGGAAGUUUACCAUAUCAGUCCCUGUCGGUCCCCGAGCAUUCGUCUCCUGGGAUGGUUGUGGGUAACGUGACCGGUGCGGUUGAUGCAGACGAGGGCUCUAAUGCUAUCGUCUACUAUUUCAUAGCAGGGGGCGAUAGUGAUGGGAACUUUGGUUUGAGUGUGGCCGGGGUUUUACGGGUCAAGAAAGAUCUGGAUCGAGAAGAAAUCCCCGUGUAUUCCAUCAUUGUUAAAGCCUCGAGCAACCGCAACUGGUCUCCUCCAAGAGCUCAAAGGUCACAGCGGGCACAAGUUCUCGACCCAAGCCGUGACCCCACGUUACAGGAAGUAAGAAUCUUUCUGGAAGACAUCAAUGACCAGCCUCCCAGAUUCACCAAGCUGGAGUACACAGCAGGUGUGGCUGCAGAUGCAAAGGUGGGCUCUGAUCUGAUCCGGGUACAGGCGAUCGACAAUGACAUUGGCAACAACAGUAUUGUCCUUUAUCACAUUCUGUCCAUCCGCUACAUCAAACUUCAGUCCAAUGACUCUGAAGACAUGGGCAGCGUCUUUAUCAUCGGAGAGACUGAUGGAAUAAUCCGGACGUUCGACUUGUUUAUGUCGUACGCGCCGGGGUAUUUUGUGGUGGAGGUGUUGGCCAGAGAUCUAGCCGGACACAGUGACGUGGCUAUAGUGGGCAUUUACAUCCUGAGAGACGACCAACGGGUGAAAAUCGUCAUUAAUGAGAUACCAGAGCGGGUUCGGCUGUUCCAGGAGGAGUUUAUAAACUUACUGUCGAACAUCACAGGAGCCAUAGUCAAUACUGAUGAUGUGCAGUUUCAUGUUGAUAAAAAGGGAAGGGUUAACUUCGCUCAAACCGAUGUUCUGAUUCAUGUGGUGAACAAGCAGACCAACCGUAUUCUGGAUGUGGAAAAAGUGAUUCAAAUGAUCGAUGAGAAUAAGGAGCAGCUGAGGAAUCUGUUCAGAAACUACAACGUGUUAGACGUUCAACCUGCCGUGACUGCUCGUGCACCUGAUGACCUCACCACAUUACAGAUGGCCAUUAUCAUCCUGGCAGUUUUACUCUUCCUUGCAGCCGUGUUGUUUUUCUUGAUGAACUGGUAUUACCGCACAGUGCACAAGAGGAAGUUGAAGGCAAUUGUUGCCGGCUCCACAGGAAAUCAGGGGAUGAUGGAUAUUCUGGAUAUGCCCAACACUAACAAAUACACAUUCGAAGGAGCAAAUCCGGUGUGGCUGGAUCCUUUCUGCAGGAAUCUGGAGUUAGCCGCACAGGCAGAUCACGAGGACGACCUGCCUGAAGAUCUGAGUGACAUCACAGACCUGUGGAACAGCCCAGCUCGCACACAUGGUACAUUCGGUCGUGAGCCUCAGGCCUCCAAACCAGAAGAUGACCGAUAUCUUCGAGCUGCUAUUCAGGAGUAUGACAACAUUUCCAAGCUGGGACAAAUUAUGAGAGAGGGGCCGAUAAAGGGCUCGCUGCUCAACGUGGUCCUAGAUGACUACAUGAGACUCAAAAAGCUGUUUGCCGCUCGCCUGGUCACCAAGUCAACCAGCCAGGGUGACCGAUCAUCAGUCACAGAGCUGAUCCAGAGCGACAUGGACGAUGAAGACGACGAACGUGUCGUUGGCGGUCGAGGGACCCUUCGCUUCAAGCACAAGCUCCCGAUCGAGCUGAGGGGUCCUGAUGGCGUCCACGCGGUCCACGGCAGCACGGGCACGCUUUUGACCUCCGACCUCAACAGCCUGCCUGAAGACGACCAACGGGCGCUGGCUCGCUCCCUCGAAGCAUUGCACGCCGACGGCGGACUGUAUGCGGAGCGGAACGCCCGAACCGAAUCCGCGAAAUCGACACCUUUACACAAGAACAAAGGCAUCGAAACUCUCUCUGAGAGUCCGUUAGAGAUCACGGAGUUAUGACUAGCAGAGGCCUCGCUGGUCUGAGAAAAGCGUGCACGUCGCUCCUGGCUCGGCGUUCUUCACCGCAAGCUGUGUGGAGAGGAGGUCGGGUUCAGGUGUGAGAAAAGUGUGAACUCGAAGCGUCCAAUGACAUCAGAGGACUCGUUUUGUGGGGGUUGUUUUGUAGAGACUCGACCACACUCACACUGCAAAACAUGAAGAAACGAAUGCACGCUCAGACCAGUGGAAGGCCAACCACGGACUCUAGUUUUUAUUUAUUAGUUAUCUUUUAAUGUUUGAAAGGGCGCUAAUGUGAUGAUGAAUAAUGAACAAUUUAGCCGCUUUAAGAGUUGCUCUUCAGGGCUUUUCACACUACGAAUAACCCUGGGUUAAUUUCGUUUUAACCCUGGGUCAAGCAGCACUUUUAACUGAAAAGGUGGGGGGUUAGCACUACUUUUAUUUCUGUGCCAAGAGUCUUGGGUAUAAAACAUUGAGGUGCUAUACUCAUAAGGUGACUUGUUUAGCAACAAACAAGCAAUCGUAAACUGAACUGAAUCCUGCACUGCAAAAAAUGAUUUUCAAGAAAAAAAAUCUUAGUAUUUUUGUUUUGUUUUCAGUAAAAAUAUAAAAAA